GAAGGCGCGAGGAGCCCCGCAGGCUCCGGCGCAGCAGGAGGUGUGCGAAGUCGGGGUGCGGGGAGAGCUCGAAGCAGAAAAGAGAGAACGAGGGUGAGCACGCUGAGCAGCCGUGAGUGCGCUCCGCUCUGCGCCACAGGAUCGCCUGACGAAGCACAAGCCAGCAGGGUCUCCGUCCUGAGGACAUUGCUACCACCCAGGCAUUCAGAGAACCAACCACAUAGAAUCUGAAGGUCAAAGCAGCCCCAGUCUGGGACCGAGGAAGAGAGGAACCAGAACGCAGAUCCCAGACUCUGGAGAAGAAAGGAGAGUGGAUCCCGGAGACAGCACGUCGCGAGCCCCAGAGCUCCCAGGAUUGUGCGCUUCGCCGCUGGACGGCACGCCCCCCUUAGCUUCUGCACUCUCCCCUCUAGGCACCUCCUCACCUGCCCCAGUGGAACUUUCACCCGCAGGGGUGCAGGACAAAGCCACGCACCCGGCGCCCACCAUGCGCCUCAACAGCUCGGUGCUGCAGGGCGCCCCUGGUGAACCCGGCGCCCAGCCCUUCCCUUGGCCGCAAUCAGGACUGGAGGCGAUGCUCUUGGCGCUCGGCUUGGGCAAUGGCUCUGGCAACACCUCGGAAUCCGUCCUGGCAGCGCCCAACAGCGACCUGGACGUGAACACUGAUAUCUAUUCCAAGGUGCUGGUGACUACUGUAUACCUGGCGCUCUUUGUGGUGGGCACUGUGGGCAACUCAGUGACAGCCUUCACUCUGGCGCGGAAGAAGUCUCUGCAGAGCUUGCAGAGCACUGUGCAUUACCACCUGGGCAGCCUGGCACUGUCCGACUUGCUCAUCCUGCUGCUGGCCAUGCCUGUGGAGCUGUACAACUUUAUCUGGGUGCACCAUCCCUGGGCCUUUGGGGAUGCCGGCUGUCGUGGCUACUAUUUCCUGCGUGAUGCCUGCACCUAUGCCACAGCCCUAAAUGUGGCUAGCCUGAGUGUGGAGCGGUACUUGGCCAUCUGCCAUCCCUUCAAGGCCAAGACCCUCAUGUCCCGCAGCCGCACCAAGAAAUUCAUCAGUGCCAUAUGGCUAGCUUCGGGGUUGCUAGCUGUGCCCAUGCUCUUCACCAUGGGCCUGCAGAACCGCAGUGCUGAUGGCCAGCACCCUGGUGGCUUAGUGUGCACACCCAUUGUGGACACAGCCACAGUCAAGGUCGUCAUCCAGGUUAACACCUUCAUGUCCUUUGUGUUCCCCAUGCUGGUCAUCUCCAUCCUAAACACUGUGAUUGCCAACAAACUGACAGUCAUGGUACAGCAGGCCAACGAGCAGGGCCGGGUGUGCACUGUGGGAACCCAGAACAGUUUACAGCACAGCACAUUCAGCAUGUCCAUCGAGCCUGGUCGUGUCCAGGCCCUACGCCAUGGAGUCCUCGUCUUACGUGCUGUUGUCAUCGCCUUUGUGGUCUGCUGGCUGCCUUACCACAUUCGACGCCUCAUGUUCUGCUAUAUCUCAGAUGAACAGUGGACUGCGUUCCUCUUUGACUUCUACCACUACUUCUAUAUGCUGACCAACGCUCUCUUCUACAUCAGCUCUGCCAUCAACCCCAUCCUCUACAACCUGGUCUCUGCCAACUUCCGCCAGGUCUUCCUGUCCACGCUGGCCUGCCUGUGUCCUGGGUGGCGGCACCGGAAGAAGAGGCCAACAUUCUCUAGGAAGCCGAACAGCAUGUCCAGCAACCAUGGCUUCUCCACCAGCGCCACUCGGGAGACCCUGUACUAGGCCCUGAGGAGGCUGGGAGGAGGCCUCAGCCUCUGCUCAGGGCAACACCUUCCUAGGCCUCCACAGGGCCAACUAGUGGCCAGUCUAAACCGUGCCAGUGAGGCUGGGGCACCCUCCACCUGGAAGCUUCUGUCUUUCCAGUUUCUCUUUCUUUUCUUCCUCUGCCCCCUCUUCCUCAAUCCUCUGUUCUUGCUCCUAUCCCUCUCCUACCUCCAAUUUAAAAAAAUGAGAACACAGGCUGCUUCUCUUCCUGAUCCCCAAAAGGCCUCUAACAAGAAGAAAUUAGCACUCA